UCUCCGUGCGUCUGGUUGUGCUGUUGAUGUCUCUGCUUCUCUUCGGUCUGGCAGGCAGCAGAUGCGCACUCAUAAACACAAACAUGUCCGAGGUGCCUGACGGAAAGAAGCUGGUUCGGAGCCCGAGCGGACUCCGCAUGGUACCCGAGAACGGAGCUUUCAACAGCCCGUUUGCCCUGGACGAGCCGCAGUGGGUUCCGGAUAAAGAGUGCCCCAGAUGCAUGCAGUGUGACACUAAGUUUGACUUCAUCACCAGAAAGCAUCACUGUCGACGCUGCGGCCGGUGUUUCUGCGAUAAGUGCUGCAGUCAGAAAGUGGCUCUUCCCAGGAUGUGUUUCGUGGAUCCGGUGAGACAGUGUCCCGAAUGCAGCCUCAUCUCGCAGAAAGAGGUGGAGUUUUACGACAAACAGCUUAAAGUGCUCACUGCCGGUGGAACGUUCCUGGUCAAAGUGGAUUCCUCGGAGAAAUCCGAGACCACGGUCUGCCGCUUGUCCAAUAAUCACAGAUAUCUCUUCUUAGAUGGCGACAGUCAUUUUGAGGUGGAGCUGUCUCGCAUUUCCAGCAUGCAGGUGUUGACUGACGGUCCGACCUCAGGAGAGAAAGAUAUAUGCUCUUACACCAGUUUGCUGGACAGUCAUUUAUCUGAAGGGGGUUCCCUCCGUGCCAGCGGUAUGGUACUACAGUACAAGCCCCCAGGAACUCAGAACCUUCAGGAGCUCCACAUGGAGACGGCUGAUGACAAGCGUGUCGCGUCCGCCUGGCUCGCAGCCAUGCACAAAGCUGCCAAGUUGUUGUAUGAGUCGAGGGACCAAUGAAAUGACACGAUAAAGCACAACGCUGGACACAGAGAGGCACGGACAGAACAAAAGGAAGGAGAGAACGUGGCAAAACCAAGUAUUGUGUUAUUCAGUCUUACAUGUACUCUUAAGAUGCUUGUAUGAUUUCUAUUCAAUCCUUUUCUUCUGCUCCCGGUCAAGACAGACCACAUUUACUACAGCUGUCUGUGCCAAAGGGAGGACCAAGUUUUCCGAUGAUUCACGUGCAAUAUGGACAUGUAUGAUAAUAUAUAUAAACGCGCCAUUUAACAGAUGCUUUAAGUGUAGUCUCGCGUAACAAAGUUUUGUAAACAAAAUAUAUUUUGUCAGAUAUUCUUAUUUUAACACAAAAUGCUGUGUAUCUACUUUUUACUGCCCAAGUAUUUACAAUAUGUCGUGCUUUUGUUUUCUUAACAUGUUGGAAACACUUUUGGAAUUGUUUUUCCUACACUACAGAAAGAUGUUUCGGGCUAUCAUUUGUUAGUACCGUGUCUGAGUCUGCAAGGCAAGAUUUCCCUUUUUUAGAAAACUGAAAUUAGGGCAGCUGAGUUGCCUGGACGCAUUUAAUCUCGUUCUGGGUAAUCUGGUUGCGUUUGCUAAUUUUCAUUUUUCAAUGUACACCAAAUAAACAUCUUGAAUCCACAACUGGCCUGUUUAUGCCUGAACUCA